AUGGGGAGUGCUCCUACUGUAAUGCAAGCUCCACCGGAGAGGAAAAAAAUUCAAGUAACGGAUCCAGGAUUGCUGACAGUAGCAAGGAAAUUAACCUACUCAGUUGUGUCUCAGAGUACAAAGCAGACCAUGACUGAGGUAGUGAAAGGAAACAGAGUUCAAACACAUGGCAUGCAGCUGAAGUUUUAUCCUCCGGUGGUUAAGGACGGAGUGAAAGUGGCCAAGCUGAACCCAAAAGAGAUAGAGGAACAGUUGACGACACCAGCGGUAUUUCUUCAUGACGAUGGUUAUUUCAUUUUUCGCUUUGAAUCUAUGGAGAAUAAAAUUGAGAUUGUUCAAAAUGGACCUUAUACCUUCAAUAAUAGACCCAUGGUCUUGAAGGAUUGGGAUCCUGAUUUUCAGAUUCAAAACGAGUCUAUGAGAAUUUUUCCUAUAUGGAUUAACCUCCCUAGGCUACCUGUCCAGUGUUGGGCUGAGGAGAACUUAGGUCGAAUUGCCAGUCUAUUAGGCAAACCUAUUUGCACUGAUAAGCUUACAGCCCAUUGUAAAAGAAUUUCAUUUGCUAGGAUCCUUGUUGAAAUGGAUAUCACACAGCCACUACCAGAUGGAGUAACCAUUGAGAAUCCAGAUGGAAGUACCUGGGAGCAAAGAGUGGAAUUUGAGUGGAAGCCAAAACUGUGUAUGGAUUGUAAUAAGUUUGGGCAUAGUACUGGUAAUUGCCAACAAGACAUAAAACAGGAGGAUGAACUAAAACCACAUAAAAGGAAAAGGAAGAAGAAGACAAGAAUGGAAUGGAAGCCAAAGCCAAAUGACAAAGGAAAUAAUGGAAAGGAUGUUCUGCCACAGGAGGAUGCUGAACAACAGGAACCUACAAUAGAAGUAAAAGUGACUAAUCGAGGCAAACAAGCUGUGGUUAUUCAAGGUUCAGCUGACAAGAAGACCCAUUGA